GGGAAGGUUUAGCACUUUGGAAUCUGGACCUUUUCUGUGAAGAUCACCUUGGGACCCUUUUUCACCGUUCAACGGACCCAACCGUGAGUGCCAACGCCGUGCGUGCCACACCGCGACCGCUACCGCGAGCAGUGGUCGAUGCUGCGGGCCAUGCGCGCACCGCACGGCGCGCUGCGCAAGGCGCCCGUUUCCACGGGGUCCGCCCUAUUGUCCACGGGGCCAUCCGCCAGAUGCUCGAGGUUCCUGGCCACGAAGAAGGAGGAGAAGAAGGUGCCCCCGGAGACACCGGAGGAAGUCACGCGGAAGCUGCGCGAGCAGAGGGACUACUGGGACAAGCAGGAGCGGUCCACCGUGAAGACCAUCCUCUCACAGUGGGGAGGCCUUCUCUUCUUCGGCUUCUGGUGUUUGGUGGCCUGGCUCGGAAAGCAAUGGGCCGAGUACGAGAUGCGCCUCGUUGAGAGGGAGGAGGCCGAGAAGACGCGCCGCCGGAAACGGAAAGUGCCGGAGGAGUAGCGCCGGCAGCGCAGAGAUCGCUCGCGAAGUGGGCACAAAGCAAGGGCUGGGCGAGGGAUCGGAGGGGUCAUCAGUGUGGAUCCCCCCCAACAUCUCAUCUCCCGCGCGUUCUCUUUUUCCCCCUGCUGGAUGCACGUGGCGGAUUUCGGUCGCCGGCGAGGUGGAAUGGUGAGGCGUUUGGUGAGGGGGAUCAGGUUUUCUGACAGACCCACAUUGCUCA